AUGUCCGCAAAGGCCGCCAGGGCCUUGCGUGCCGGCGCAGGCGCGGGCGCAGGCGCGGGCGCGGCCGGUGCGAGCGCGGGCGCGGGCGCGGGCGCGGUCUCCGCCGGCGCCGCCUCCGCCAUGGUCACCUCGGGCGCGGGCGCGGGCGCGGUCUCCGCCGGCGCCGCCUCCGCCAUGGUCACCUCCGCUGGAACCAUGCUGGCCAAAGGCACGCGCACGAGCGGUACGCGCGCCAACAGCUCAUGCCCCGCGCGCUUCGCGAGCCACGACGGCGAUUUGAAUCGAAAGGCAGAAUCAAAGACAUCGGCAUCGAGCGCCGCGUUGAGGUGCCGAGCCUGCCGACGCGACCUCUGUGCCGAGCCUGCUGACGUGCUCUGUGCUGCCAAGCCUGCUGACGCGACCUCUGUGCCGAGCCUGCUGGACGCGAUGCUGCUCCACCUCCCUCUCAUCGUGGGCUGCGCGUGGACGCAUCGCACGCUGCCGAUUCGGACGCACGCCGUCUCACAGUCGGCCACCGCUGUCGCUGAUGGUGCCUCCAAUGCCGCAACCCGCGCCGCCGUUCGCAUGGCUGCGACCACCUCCGACGCCAUCAUCCCCAAGUCAGUGCUCUUUGGCAACCCCGAAUACGCCUCUCCAAUAAUCAGCCCGGACGGGAAGCUGCUCGCCUACCUCCGACCCGACGAGGGCGUCCUCAAUGUCUGGUGCCGCACCGUCGGCGCUUCGGACGAUCGCGUCAUCACGAAAGACCGGUACCGCGGCAUUCGGCAGGCCUUCUGGGCGGAGGACUCCAAGACGCUCCUCUACAUGCAGGACGACGGCGGCGACGAGAAUUUUUCAUCUCUGGAGCAUCGACGCGACGACGCCAUCUUCCGCCGCGCGCGAUCUGACCCCGUUUCUGGGCGCAAAGCGCAGAACGUG